UUCAGUGCUCUGCCAUCUCACAGAAGAAGUGGAGAUAAAGUUUUGUAAUAGCUGGACGAGGAUGCACUGGAAGAGCAGCACGUGAGUGAGGUCAGCAGUAACGUUAGCUACUUAAACUGAGAGCCGAUCAGUCCACAUGGACAGACUCAGUGAAGAAGAGACUCAGCAAGUCGUUUCAAGUCACAUACCUGUGCUAGUUUUAAUGAAGUUUGAUGAAGAUGAAGAGCUGCGUACUGAAGAUCUUCGCCAGGAGGAAAAUCCACAGAGCUUCCUAAACAACUAUUGCUCAUUUAAUAUUUUAGUGGUAUUUAGUGGGCAGACACACAAGUGUGCAAAAUGCUCACAGCGCGUAAAAGUUUAUGGCUACUUUUAACAGUGCUGCUCUCUGUCUGGACAGAGCGCGCGAUCGGCGUCCCUGUGAUGCGUCACGAGAGAACCAGACACGCGGACUCCAUCGAGACACAUCUAAUGAGAGACACUGACCAUAAUCUCUUGCACCAGCAGAACCAAAUCCAGAAUAAUUUGGCAGACCUACAUCCCCACCAACACAGGUGGCUUCAGCAUCAGCAUCGCUCAACAGGUGUCCUACUACAGCCUGAGCCCGAGGAAGAAUCAAAACCCUUUGUCCUAGAACUCAGAAACUUUCCAGAUCUUGCAAAUGCAGACACUGGCUCCCAAAACCCAAACAUUCAGGUGACCAUCGAGGUGUUGAAUGACCCAACCAUGGAAGUGGACACGGGCCUGAUUAAAGAAAGGAGUAAUGACUGGCCUACAUCUUCUCCCUCCUCUACUGUAGAAUGGCAUGGUGGGAAGAAGCUUUUCUGGCCUUUAUUUUGGGGCUACGCAGAUGUAGAUUCAGGUGAGGAUGGUACUGGCCAAGCAGUGGAGGAAGAGGAUGAUUAUGCACUGGAGUAUGACAGUGGGGAGCCCCUUCCUAGUGUGCUUGGCAAAACAGGUGGCAACUGGGAAAGUCCAUGGACCCAACGCCAUUAUGGAGAGAAAGAGGAAGAAUGGGGCACAUGGAGUCCCUGUACUGUCACGUGUGGCCAUGGCAACCAGACUCGAUCACGUUCAUGUGGAGAUUUUUGCAUCUCCACCGAAUCCCAAAGCUGUGACCUUAAGCCAUGCCCAGAUGAUUGGAACAGUGUGGCUCAUGUCUUUCCAUUUGAGAUGGAAAAUGGCACAGAACCCUUUGGCACUAAUGUUGACAGCUGCGAUAAGUGGUUGAAUUGUACGAGUGAGUUUCUCCAGCGUUACCUGCAGCAGGUAUUGACUGAAUUACCCAGCUGUCCGUGCACCUAUCCUUCAGAAGCCUUCAACAAUAUAGUCAGUCUGCUGGAUGCAGGACAUGAUCAGACCUUCCAAUGGAGGGAUGCUAGUGGGCCAAAAGAACGUCUUGAUAUCUACAAACCCUCGGCACGCUCUUGCUUGCGUUCUGGCCUCUCAAAAGAUGGCACCACCCUGGCUGCCCAGCAUUGUUGCUAUGAUGACAACAAGCAUCUAAUUACAAGGGGUAAGGGUGCAGGUACCCCCAACCUAAUCAGCACAGAGUUCUCUCCAGAACUGCAUUUUAAGGUGGAUGUAUUGCCUUGGAUACUAUGCAAAGGAGACUGGAGCAGGUUUCAUGCCGUCCGCCCACCCAAUAAUGGCCUGCAUUGCAUAGAGAAUCCCCAACAGGACAUUUUCAUGAAUGAAUUGGAAGAGGCCAGAGAAUAUUAAAUCACCAAAUUACUGUCCCUCCUCUGACACACCAUCCUGCUGUGGUGCUUUACCCAAUACAAAUAUGCCAGCCAGCCACAUAUCGAGCUACUCCUAUGUUGUGGGACACACUGUUGUAACUGUGUUCGCAAAGCAUGGCAUUUCUUAUGUUUGAAAUAUUGUGCAAAUUUAAGAAAUGUUUAAAAAUUGAUUAUAAUCCAUCUGUUGAUAAUCUUUGUCAUGAUAUGUUAAUCUUGUAACCCUUGUAUUUGUGUAAAUGACCAAUACAGCAUUUUGUUGUUGCUGCUGCACUCACAUACAGUGGGGUACAACAGUCUGACACCACUACUGAAAAUGUUUGUCAAAUUUAAUACAUAUUUAUUAUAAGCUAUAAUUUAUCAGCAUAACAAUUUUAAUGAAAAGUUGUAAUU